CCUGGGAAGGACAGCAAACUGGUGCCCAUUCUUCUGGUGGCCCGUGUGAUCUUCGUGCCGCUCUUCAUGCUGUGCAAUGUUCAGCCCCGCUACAACCUGCCUGUCUUCUUUGAACACGACGCCUGGUUCAUCGUCUUCAUGAUCCUCUUUGCCUUUUCCAAUGGAUACCUGGCCAGCCUCUGCAUGUGCUUUGGGCCCAAGUAAGACCUCUUGCCUACGCCUGGGCACAAACCCAAAUUGAUAAACUUUCAAGGUACAGGGCAACAUUUUCCUCUCGCAAUGACACGCUGUGAGCAAACUAACCGUUUGCUAACAAAAAAAUGUAAUAGACGGGAUUAGUACGAUUAUAAUAUGCAGCGUGAUUCACACUAACUUUUCUUUAACAGGGAAAUCCCAUUGAGACCUAGGCCUCUUUUGCAAGUACACAAAUUAUACAAAAUAUACAAAUACAACGUAAUAAAACAUAUAAUAUUUACAAGCAAUUUAAGAAAAGCAAUCACAUUCCUCAACAAGGGGCAGGUAGCCUAGCGGUUAGAGCAUUGGGCCAGUAACUGAAAGGUCGCUGGUUUGAAUACCCGAGCUGACAAGGUAAAAAAUAUGUCGAUGUGCCCUUGAGCAAGGCACUUAACCUUAAUUUGCUCCAGGGGCGCUGUACUACUAUGGCUGACCCUGUAAAACAACACAUUUCACUGCACCUAUCUGGUGUAUGUGACAAUAAAACAUAUUAUUAACUUGAACUGCCCUAGAGGUAACGGAGCGCAGAAGUCUGCAGAUCAUUCCAUACACAGGGUGCAAAAAAACGGAAUGCCGAUUUCCCGUAGAGAUUAACGGGACCUCUAGAGUUAGCCAUUCCACUGAUCAGGUCUGGUGACUCGUUUAAUUUAACAAUGAAGUAAGGUACGGUGGAAGUUUGUGCAAGAGGGCUUUAUAAACAAAAAUAGAGCAGUGUAUCGAUCUACGAGACAGCCAGCCUACUUUCUGAUAUAGGAUGCAAUGAUGUGUACUGAGCCUGUCGCCUGUAAUAAAGUGAAGUGUUCUGUGGUAAACUGCAUCUAAUGGUUUCAGUGCAGCUGCAGUCAUAUAAAUGGUGUCAUUGUAGUCUAGCAAUGGCAGGAAAGUUUACUGAAUUAUCUGCUUUCUGCUGUUCAGGGAGAGGCAUGAUCUAUUUCUAAAGAAGAAGCCCAUUUUUUUAAUGAACUCAUCCAUAUGCUUUUUAAAAGAUAACAUUUUGUCAAUCCAGAUGCCCAGAUAUUUAUAAGCAGGGACACGAUCAAUGUAGGCACCAUAAACCAAUUACAUGACACCUGAUCCAGGCCAAUCUCAGACAACCUUUGAAUUAGUAAAGAGCGGUCGACAGUGUUGAACGCUUUAGACAAGUCAAUAAAUAGAGCAGCACAGUGUUUCUUCCUAUCCAAACAAUUUACUACAUUAUGUAAAACCAAUGAUACUGCCGAGAUGUUGCUAUGCCCUGGUCUGAAGCCCGACUGAUGCACAUUUAGAAUAGAUUUUGAAGUUAAGAAGGAGCUUAGAAUCCUUGAUUAAUGCUCAACUAACAUUUUUGCUAGGCUAGAAAGUUUAGAAAUAGGGUGGUAAUUAUGUCUGUUAGAAAGACGAGGCACGACACACAUGGUACACACAAAGAAAUUGUGAGGUGCAGUUUUUGGAGCUCCUGUCUAUUUAAAACGUUAUGGUUAGUUUACUCACGUUGCAAGGGUCAUUACGAGAAGAAAAUGUCUCCCAGGUUGACAGAAAUGAGAUUGCACCUAAAAUCUUACCACACCUGAUCGGCUGUCAUUCUCUCUCUCUCUCCACAGAAAAGUUGCUCCUCAUGAGGCGGAGACAGCUGGAGCCAUUAUGGCCUUCUUCUUGUCCCUAGGUUUGGCUCUGGGAGCAUCCCUCUCAUUCCUCUUCAGAGGCCUGGUCUAA